AUGGAGGAGAUUUGGGCGACGAUGGAACUUGGAUACUCCUUCAACCCCCCUCCGCCACGCCUGCAGGACAUGCUAGAAGAGGAUUACCUCACCCCAGACAUUCAGGCGUUUUGGUCGCCGCUGCCGCUUUCUCAGCUGUGCGAUCCCACCUUCCGACGAUAUGAGUCUCACCGUGCACUCAAGAUGAGAGAUAUCCUGGACAGCAUCUUCCGCUUCCUUAAUCCCAGCGAACUCGCUCGAAUAUGCCCAACCAAUCGGGCAUUCUACGAGGCGGCGAUCCCUUUGCGAUGGUGGCAAAUCAACCAAAAUGGAUUUGCACGGCUUGCGAAGAUGCCCCGCCCCAGAUUACGUGCGGUGUCAGCGACGAAUCACAGGCUGAAGAAUUUAUGA